AGACUCUGCACGCGUGCGCCUGGAAGGCCGCGGGCUGGGCGGACGUCGCUGGGCGGCCCUGGUUCAGCGCCUGCCAUGAGGCGCGCUCAGCCCGUCACGUAACGCGGCCGGGUGCCAAGCUCUUUAAUCCUACCAGAGAAGCGGGAGUCGCGGGCGAAGGUUUUGGUUUCUGCACCCGCGCACGUAACCAGGAAAAAGGGCAACGCUAGGUUGCUGCGCUCCCACCCUGCUUUUGGAAGCCGCUGUGUGCGGCGGCGGCCGGAAGGGGGAGACCGCCUUCGGCCUCACGUUCACGGUCACCCCUCUCCGAGGCCCGGAAGUUUAGGAAGGAAAAGCCAGAGCGGCCCGUCCUUGUGCCUGGGAGAGGGGAUUUACCACAGGAACCAACGCUCCCUAGAAGAAAAUAAGGUCCCCGGGCCGUGCCCAUAGUGGGAACGCCGUGCAAUAAGCCGCUGCUUAGUGUCCCCUCGUCGGGAGCCGCUGUAACGCGGGGCCACUCUGCAAACAAUACAUAUUGUGGAAACAGGAUGAAAUUGACCAGUGAAAAGCUGCCCAAGAAUCCCUUUAAUACUUCUAUAUCUCAGUAUGCUGCUAAGUACCAGAAACUCUUCCAAUGGAGAAAAGAAAACACUGAUCAUUACAGCCAUGCUGCUUUGGUGGAUAAGGCACUGCAGCUUUUGAAGGAAAGAAUAAGAAGAGGAGAUACUCUGGCUUAUUUCCUACGAGGUCAACUGUAUUUUGAAGAGGGAUGGUAUGAAGAAGCAUUAGAACAGUUUGAAGAUAUCAAGGAGAAAGAUCAUCAAGCAACUUAUCAGCUAGGCGUAAUGUAUUAUGAUGGGCUGGGGACCACUUCAAAUGCUGAAAAAGGAAUAGACUGUAUGAAGAGAAUUCUGGAUUCUCCAUGUCCCAAAGCAAGACACUUAAAAUUUGCUGCUGCCUUUAACCUUGGAAGAGCUUAUCAUGAAGGAAAAGGUGUUAAACGGUCUGAUGAGGAAGCGGAAAGAUUGUGGCUUUUUGCUGCAGACAAUGGAAAUCCCAAAGCCAGUGUGAAGGCUCAAAGUAUUUUAGGACUGUAUUAUUCAACCAAAGAACCUAAAGAAUUAGAAAAGGCAUUUUAUUGGCAUUCAGAAGCAUGUGGCAAUGGGAAUCUGGAGUCCCAGGGUGCACUUGGCCUCAUGUACUUGUAUGGACAAGGCAUUCGCCAGGAUACUGAAGCUGCCCUGCAGUGCCUAAGGGAAGCUGCAGAACGCGGGAACAUCUACGCACAAGGGAAUCUCGUGCAGUAUUACUACAAGAUGAAGUUCUUUACAAAGUGUGUUACAUUUUCCAAAAGGAUUGCUGACUAUGAUGGAGUUUCUGACAUCCCCAUGAUAGUUCAGGUCACGGACUGUCUUCCCGAGUUCAUCAGCAGAGGCAUAGCCAUGGCGUCUUUCUACUAUGCACGGUGUCUUCAGCUUGGCUUGGGCAUCACAAAAGAUGAAGCAACAGCUAAGCACUAUUAUUCUAAAGCUUGCCACCUGAAUCCUGCAUUGGCAAAUGAACUUCACUGCUUAGCUAUUCGUCAAAGAAUUUAGACCACAUUGCAUUUCAACAAAGAUCAUCAAUCCUAACACCAUACAAUGUGUGUAUUUUUAUAGCACCUGACUGUUAUUGUCUGCUUCCUGUUGUAUUUUCCUGGGUAUUUAACAGAUGACAUGUUACUGUCAUUUUAAAAUUUGUGUCCUGUAACCUGAAACCUAACCACUGGAUCAGACCACUAAACAGUGCUCAGAGAUGCCCUUCGUGGCCUAUUCCACGCCUAGAUUAUAUUAAAUUUGAAACUAUUUGUAAAACAAAUAUCAUUUUAAUUUUCUUAAACAGAGUGCCUGAGAAGAUUUAGCAGUUUUAGUUUAUGAAGUCUCAAAAAUAAAUGCUACAUACUUAAUUAAAAUAUCAUUUGAUUAAAUGAUGUUUCAAAGAUUAAAAAACUUCUUUGGCUUCUAGUCUUGUGAAUUUUUUGUUUUUGAAACAGGAUCUUGCUGUGUAACCCAGGUCCUGCUUCAGCCUCCCAGGUGCUGGGAUUACACGUGUAAGCCACAGUGUCCAGCUAGUUUUGUGAAUUUUGAAUAAUACAUUGUUCUAAUUUUUGCUUCACUCAUUUAAACAUUUUAAGAUGAAAUAGUAGAUAGAUCUUUCGGCAGAUGGGAAAGGGGGACCAUAAGUGGAGGGGUAAGAGAAGGGAAUAUAAAAAGAACUAAGAUGUGUUAUGUACAUAUUCCAACUAUCCAUGAGGAGUGCAGUCAUAAUAUACCACAAACAUGUACUAAUAAAAAUACAAGGCCAGGCAUGGUGGCAUGCCCCUUUAAUCCCACCUCAGGAGACUUUAAAUUUCAGCCUGGAUGCUUGCUUUAGCAUUGACACUUAAAGAGUUAUCAGAAUUGAGCUAGAUAUGGUGGUUCAUGCCUGUACUCUCAGCAUUUGGGAGGCUGAAGCAAGAGGAUUUCUGUGAGUUCAAGAUCACCUUGGGCUAUAUAUUUAGUUCCAAAUCAGCCUGAACUACAGAGUGAAAUUCUGUCUCAAAAAGGCCAACACAAAAAUAAAAAUGAAUAAAUUUUUUAAAACUGCACAAAAUUAAGUACAGCUGAAGAAAUUUAAAGAAUCAGAACCAUCAAGUAACAUUUUUGAUAAGUGUAUAACAUUUCUGCUUCUGAAGUUGUUAAAAAUUCUAAUAAAUAAAUUGUUAUCCAUUAUAAAUUUUUGCAAAAGUGAGUUUAAGAAAAUGCUUCAAGCUGGGUAGCUGGCUGUUAGACUGUAUAACAAGUACGUAUUUGUGAAACAAAGGUGAUGUCUUAAAAAUACCUUAAGUGUCCUUUUUCUGGUAAAUACAUUAAGUUGAUACAGCAUUAUUUCAUUAUCAUAAUAAUACCCUUUUUUGGUGGAUUUAAACAAGGUUUCUUCUUAGUGGUAGGGAAACAGAAAUAGUGCCUGUCACAUGUCGCUAACUGUAACCAGAAGGCAAGACAAGUACCAAAAAUAAUGAGUAACAAAUUGUUUUGGCUAGAAAGGACAGGGAGUCACGAGGCAGUUGAGGAAAUCCACACUGACAAACUCCAGCUUGUGUAGAGUACCAAACCAAUGAGUACUGGGACAAAAUGUUUGUCAAAAUGUCUUGAGUACUAGAUUCAACAAGUUUCAAAGCAGUUGAGUACUAAGGUAUGAGGAUAAUAUACAGGUGACAAUCACUAGAAGAAAAGUACUUGAGUUUUAUGGUCUGGCUUAUUUAUAUCACUAGACCAUCAUCUCUUGAUCUCAAGGCCAGCGGUGUAGCUCAGUGGAGAAGCACUUGCAUAGCAAGGAUGAGGCCCCAGCUUCAAUCCUCCGUACCGCAAAAACAAUAAAAAGUAAAUACAGUUCUCAGAAGUCCUAAUCGUUAGGAAUAUGUGGUAAUAUGCCUAUGGUCCCAUUUCCACUUACUGUAGUUAUGUUCUGCAGCUAACAAUCUGGCAUCUGCACAGUACUACCACACUGCAGAUAGCAGUGUAAACCUUGCCUUGUGAAUGGAGGUAAGUGUUUAACCCAAGAGAGUUGAAGCUUCCAGAUUUACUCUUAAAAAAAAUCUAAACUUCUGUAAAAUUUAUUUCGACUGUUACUAAGAGACACGUUUCCCGUAACUGUGUUAUCAUGAGUUCUUGGGGCUUGGUAACUUCACAUUAUUUCUCUUCCCUGAAUGUAUCUUAAAUGGUCUAUUCAACAACCCUUUACAGGAUAAUUCUUAUGCAUAUAAACAUCCAACUUGGGGUUAUUUUUAAGUGUCAAAUAUCUAGUUACAAUCAAAGACCUGUAAUUUAGAAGAAUCACAAAGACAAAAUUCGGCGUAUUAAGUUUUACUCAUUUACCUUUCACAACUUGUUUCUUAUCAAGAACUUGGCAGGUAUGAGCUAUCAGUGAGAUAAUCUUUAUAUUUUAAUAUACUUAGUGUUUUUCUUUUAUAGAUUCAAACUGAAUUUUUACCUUUUAACUAAACUGUUUUGUUUCUGCUAUUUCUAGGAACCAGAAUGGGGAAGGUAUUUUAUCAUUGUGUUAUCAGAUGAUGAAGCCUGGAAAUUGAUUGACUUGUUCAUAGCCCCACUAUCAGUAACAACAAUAAAAUUCUGUACUCUGCA